AGCCAUGACACUCCAAUACAGUAGAUGGCGGUAUUCAGCUUUUACGAUGGUCUGUAAGCCGUCAACAAAUCUCAAAGAAGAAUCGUCUCAUGUGUUGUUGUCAGUGGUUAUUACGCGGGAGAUUCGAGAUUACAGAGUUUACGCUGACGAGAUAUAACAGUAUUGUUGACAUUGUAUUUUAAAACACGGUUUAAUACGUACACGACAUUUUAGAUUUAUGUCAUUUUGUGAGGUUAUCUGUUUUGCGUAAAUGAAAUUUAAACAACAACAGCAGCCGUUUGUAAUGUCCUGUUGUUACAGUGAUGUGAUUUGUAACUUACGUUGUUAAAUCAGCAGGGCUUUAUAUAAUCUUCGGACUUUACAUCAGUUUUGUUUCGUAUUGCCUCCCUUAACCUUACCUACAGUCGCGAUGAUGAAGUGUAAAUCCAGCCGAUCCUCUAUGGAGUACAAUGGAGUGCAGUCAAACAUUUCUGCCUUUUUUCUUUCGAAGGUCUCAACAAAGUCCCCUAAAAGGAUCCCUGGAUCCUCCGUUUCAAUGAAAACUGGUUUUGUGGAGGAGAAAAAGAUCCUGCACUCUCCAAGCGCUUCUGCUGUGCCAGAGACACCUGAUAGUCUGAGGACCAAGAGCAACGUCUCUCCAGACAACUCGUAUGAGAACCGCUCACCUGUUUCACGUGGUCUGCACUCCAAACCUGUCAGGGGUAAAACCAGCACGAUGACACGCAAGCUAAUGUUGCCACAGAUAAACAGCAGUCCGGAGCCAGUGGACAGUUUUGAGCUUAAGAACGGCACAAAUCAGUCUGGCUCUGUGAAGAGGUUGUUGCACAGCUCCGAGAACAUCCAGAGUGCCAAACGCCCCAGGACUAUGAAAGUUCAGACACUCCCUAUAGGGUCUGAUUGUGACCCAAGCUUACCAGGGGCCAAUAUAAAUGUCCCUGCAAGCAUGCAAAAAGCAUCUUCAAAGAGUCCUGAGAAAAAAAUUAAACCUGUGCAUUCUCAUUUGAAGAAUAGCCGAUGGGUACCUGAACCUUCUGUAAAAAUAAAUAGUAAGUCCUCUCACCAAUUCAGCCGUAGCACCCAAGACAAAGAGAAUUCAUUUUCUCUUAACGCAAAGCCCCAGUCGGACCCAAGUAUAGUUUCAGAAGCAAAACCUUGCGAUUUUGUGAUUUCACAUGAUUCACGAAUGCAAAAAGAUUCCAGCGAGGAAGAAAAAGAGACUUUUCUCAACUGUCCGGUCACUACGAAGAGACCUUUAAAUGCUACUGCUGAGCUGCAAAAGAAAAACAAGAGUGCUGAUGGGAAGGCUUUGUCAGACUCAUUCGAGGAUGAAUUUAAUGAUCUGGACGAUUGGUUUGAUGAUGUCAUGGAGCCAAAAUCUGACGCGCCAAAACCCAAGAAAUUCAAUCUUGAGAAAAAUAAAGGCAUACCAGAACAUGCUAUACUGACCUCUGGUGUUCAUAAUCGAUACUGGGUUCUGGAUGUACAGGAAGUGACCUCACUACAAGGUUACACUGAGAAGCACUUAACCAUCACCUGCUCAAAGACAGCACAUCCCACAGAGACCUGCAUUCUCAAAGAUGGCUGGGAGAGUACUCCAGUUGCAGUGAGGGACAUCAUUCAUUUGGAAGGGAAGUCUGUUUCUGGCUUAUGGACGAUUGAUAGGGACUCUGGUUUUCUGGUUCUGAUGCCUGACCUGCUUAUGUCUGGGACCAGCAUUGCCAGCAGUAUCCGCUGUAUGAGGAGAGGUGUGCUGGGAGAGAUGUUCAAGGCUUUUGAUGGCGGAUCCAAGCAGAUGCUUAAUGGUACUAUAGUUCAUGAUAUCUUCCAAAAAGCAGCUAUGUCAUCAGACUUUUCUCCAGAGAGGAUACAAGCAUUUGCCACUGAGGCACUGAAAAGCCCUAACUACCUUGGACAAAUGUACAGUCUAAAGCUGACCCAGGCUGACAUGAGACAAGAAGUUGAAGAAUAUCUUCCCUCUUUAUCGGAGUGGGCAAAACAAUAUCUCCAUACUUCACCACAGGCCGGGAGAAAACAGCUGACCCUAAAACUCCCUAGUGACGGUGCUCUCAGCAAGCAAGAUGCAACCUGUAGCGUGACAGUCACAGAUUUUGCAGACAUCGAGGAGAACAUCUGGUCUCCGAGAUUUGGCCUGAAGGGGAAGAUCGAUGUGACUGCUGGAGUCAGGAUUCAUCGGAAGGGAAAAAAGCCAGUGGAUAGGAUUGUACCUCUGGAGCUGAAAACCGGCAAGGAGUCCAACUCCAUUGAGCAUCGCAGUCAGGUUAUCCUGUACACACUAAUGUGCAUGGAUAGACGUUGUGAUCCAGAAGCUGGAUUUCUUGUUUACUUGAAGACUGGCAGUUUACAUCCUGUUGUGGGCAACCACAUGGACAGAAGAGAGCUGAUUAAAAUAAGAAAUACGUUGGCUCAUCACGUUGGCAACAACCUGGUCAAGGUGGAUGGUAAAAGUCAAAUGGCUCCAUUGCCCUCAAUCGUUUCUGACCAGCAGACUUGCAAAUACUGUCCUCAGAGAAGAAACUGUGCACUUUACAAUAGAACUAUAGAGAGAGAUCCGGAGGAGAACUUGAGUGAAGAUUUAAAGGCCUUUUUGCAGCUGGAGAGCCAGCACCUCAGCCAGGUGCACCUUAAGUAUUUUAGCCACUGGUUGCUGCUCUGCACCCUGGAGGCUCUCACUAUGGAAAACAAAGGAGGCCGUCGCAACAUCUGGCUUCAGACUUCCCAGCAGAGAGAGAAAAGUGGCGGCUGCAUGGGAAACAUGCGGUUGGCUGGAAGCGUCACCGUCCUGUCUGAUGGUGUGUAUAAGCACAGUUUUGAGAAAAUGGAAAGAGAGCAAACUCUCACCGGGCUCAUAGUGGGUGAUAGGAUAGUCAUCAGUGAUCAGGACUCGUCCCUCAUAGGCCUGGCUACAGGAUACGUCACAGACAUUACAAUCACUGGACUAAUUUGCUCUUUGGAUAAAAAUCUUUCCAAGUAUUCUUCAAACACAGUUUUCCGACUGGACCAAGAUGAAGGCGCAGGUGGUCUUAGCACCCAUUUAGGAAACCUCUCUAUGCUAAUGGAAAACACUCCAACCAGUGAAAGAUUAAGGGAGUUGAUUGUGGACUUCAGACCUCCACAGUUUAUUGACAGCCUGAGCAGUGUGUUACCUAGAGAUGCCAAGGACACCGUGGCCAAUAUUUUGAAAGGACUUAACAAACCCCAGAAACAAGCUAUGAAAAAAGUGCUGCUGUCCAAAGAUUACACACUUAUUGUGGGAAUGCCUGGUACUGGGAAAACAACAACCAUUUGUACACUGGUGCGUAUUCUUCAUGCUUGCGGCUUCAGCGUCCUUCUCACUAGCUAUACGCAUUCAGCCGUGGACAACAUCCUUCUGAAGCUCAAGAGGUUUAAGAUCGGCUUCCUUCGACUGGGUCGUGCUCAGAAAGUGCACCAUGACAUCCUGCCCUUCACAGAGGAGUCGGGUCGGGCCAAAGGCAUACAAACACUGGAGGAGCUGGAACAACUCUACAACCAAGAACUCAUUGUGGCAACCACCUGUAUGGGUGUGAAACAUCCGAUUUUCAGCCGUAGACGCUUUGACUUCUGCAUUGUGGAUGAGGCGUCUCAGAUCAGUCAGCCUGUGUGUUUGGGUCCCCUGUUUUAUGCUCAGCGCUUCGUUCUGGUGGGAGAUCACCAACAGCUUCCUCCUAUUGUACAGAAUGCUGAGGCCAGGGCUUUGGGCAUGGAUGAGAGUUUGUUCAAACGUCUGGAGCACCACAGUGAUGCAGUUGUUCAGCUGAACGUUCAGUACCGAAUGAACAGUGCCAUCAUGUCUCUUAGCAAUGCCCUAAUGUAUGAGGGCAGACUGGAGUGUGGCUCUGAUAAAACAGCUAGUGCAGUACUGCAGCUGCCCAGCAAAGCGCUGGUUGAGAAAGAGCUGGAUCUCUAUGUAUGUGAGCCACAGUACAUUGCUUGGGUCCAGGCUGCACUGGAGCCCAACAAUCCCGUCUGUUUCCUAAAUACCUCUGAGGUUCCUGCUCCAGAGACAGUGGAGAAAGGUGGAAUCAGUAACCAGACGGAAGCCCUCUUGGUACAUGUCAUUGUCACCCUGCUGCUGAAGGCUGGAUGCAGGGCAGCUGACAUUGGGGUCAUUGCCCCGUAUCGGCAGCAGCUGAAAACCAUCUCCAGUCUGAUGCAGGGACCUGCCUUUAAAGCUCUGGAAGUCAAUACUGUGGACAAGUACCAGGGCCGUGACAAAAGCAUCAUCAUUGUGUCUUUUGUUAGAAACAACACUGAUGGCAACCUGGGAGAAUUGCUGCAAGACUGGCGCAGACUGAACGUGGCCAUAACUAGAGCCAAACACAAGCUCCUCAUGAUUGGCUCUGCACCCUCUCUUCGCCGUUACGCACCUCUAGAGAAACUCCUCGGGCAUCUUCAACAGCAAAAUAUGAUCUUCCAGCUACCUCCUGCUGCCCAUGAAGCACUACCCAUAAUCCACUUGUGAUCUCAAUCAAAAAUGUUCUCGUCUCAUUGACAGCAUACCUCACAAAGACUGAUACUGUAAAACUUUUUUAUUUAAGUUUUAAAUAAGCUUGAAUUUAACUUUGUUUUAUUAAUAAAAUCAAGGUUUUUAAUUUCAUCAAUUCUUAAAAGCAAUGAUGGCAGACUCCACAGUGGAACUGAAGAGCUCUUUUCCUCAAUGAUGGAUUUGCCAAUGAAGUGUUUAAUUGCAGAUUAAGCUCACAUUUUGUUUACCCAAUCACUUCUUACCUCAUGUCAUUGUUUUUUUAAACACUGGUGAUUUUUAUUCAUGUUGUGUUUUAUUCAUCUGUUUUUGUAUGUACAUUUUAUAAUUAAGAGUAUGAAUGUUUAUAUUUGUAUUUUGCAAUGUUAUUUCUCAUGCUCUAAAAAUAUUUUAAAGUUUUGUUUAAUAAAAAAGGUUGUAACAAAGUGAA